GGCGGCGGCAUGGGCGGCGGGGCGCGGCGCCCCCAGCCUGCGACCCCGCGGACCCUCCUCUCGGCGCGCCGCCUCCGCAGCCGGGGCUCCGGCGUGACUCCGGCACCGAGCCCCACUCCCGCGAGCGGCGCGUAAGGCGGCGAAAGAUCCGUGCCCUCCCGGGACCCGCCGGCUUCAGCCCGGGGCGCACGGCCGCCGAGCCGCCUCCGGCGGGGCCCUCCCGAGGCCCCGGAGCGGGGACCAUGAAAGUAAAACUGAGCUCUUAAUUAAAAGGGCAGAAGUUAACAAUUAACUAAGGAUGCAGGCCUUCUCCAAAGUGAGGUCGGCCGCUGGCGACGGAGAUGCGCUGUGUGUUACAGAAGAGGAGCUGGCAGCUGAUGACGACGAGGACAUGCCGUCCUUCCCGUGCACACAGGAGGGCCGGCCCGGGCCCCGCUGCAGCCGCUGCCAGAAGAACCUGUCUUUGCACACGUCGGUGCGGAUCCUUUACCUCUUCCUGGCCCUCCUCCUGGUGGCUGUGGCCGUGCUGGCCUCUCUGGUUUUCAGGAAAGUGGACUCUCUCUCAGAAGACAUCUCCCUGGCCCAGGCCCUUUAUGACAAGAAGCUUGUGUCUAUGCAGGAAAAUCUCCAAGGGCUGGAGCUGAAAGCCCCGAACAACUGCUCUUUCUGCCAUGAGGCUGGGCAGCUGGGGCAAGAGAUCAGAAAGCUGCAGGCGGAGCUGGAGGGAAUUCAGAAGAUGCUUCUGGCUCAGGAGGUCCAGCUGGACCAGACCUCCCAGACCCACGAACUGCUCUCCACCACCAGCGGUCAGAUCUCCCAGGAGAUGGGCAAUUGCUCCUUCUCCAUCCACCAGAUCAACCAGUCUCUGGGGCUCUUCCUGGCCCAGGUGAGAGGCUGGCAGGCCACCACAGCCGGCCUGGACCUCUCUCUGAAGGACCUCACCCAGGAGUGCUACAACGUCAAGGCUGCGAUGCACCAGAUCAACUUCACCGUGGGGCAGACUUCUGAGUGGAUCCACGGCAUCCAGCGGAAGACAGACGAGGAGACCCUCACCCUCCAGAAGAUGAUCACCGACUGGCAAAACUACACGCGGCUCUUCAGCAGCCUGCGCGCCACCUCGGCCAAGACGGGAGAAGCGGUCAGGAGCCUCCAGGCCACCCUGGGAGCCUCCUCCCAGCGCAUCAGCCAGAACUCUGAGAGUAUGCACGACCUGGUGCUGCAGGUCAUGGGCUUGCAGCUGCAGCUGGAUAACAUCUCAUCCUUCCUGGAUGACCAUGAGGAGAACAUGCACGACCUGCAGUACCACACCCACUACGCCCAGAACCGCACGGUGGAGAGGUUCGAGACGCUGGAAGGACGCAUGGCUUCCCACGAGAUCGAGAUCGGCACCAUCUUCACGAACAUCAACUCCACCGACAGCCACGUGUACAGCAUGCUCAAGUACCUGGAUGACGUGCGGCUCUCCUGCACGCUGGGCUUUCACACCCAGGCCGAGGAGCUCUACUACCUGAACAAGACCGUCUCCCUGAUGCUGGCCACCACCGACCUGCUCCGGGAGCGCUUCGGCCUGCUCAGCGCCCGCCUGGACUUCAACGUCCGUAACCUGUCCAUGAUCGUGGAGGAGAUGAAGGCCGUGGACACGCAGCACGGGGAGAUCCUGCGCAACGUCACCAUCCUACGAGGUGCCCCAGGCCCUCCAGGACCGAGAGGACUCAAGGGAGAUGUGGGCAUGAAAGGGCCUGUUGGCAGCAGAGGACCAAAAGGAGACCCCGGCAGCUUGGGGCCCCCAGGACCUCAGGGUCCUCAAGGGCAGACAGGGGACACCGGGCCUGUAGGAGAGAGGGGGCCGGUUGGCCUGCGAGGUUUCCCAGGCCUCAAAGGCUCGAAGGGCAGCUUUGGAACUGGAGGCCCAAGAGGACAGCCAGGCCCCAAAGGGGACGUGGGGCCCCCAGGGCCAGAGGGGCCCCCAGGGUCUCCAGGGCCAGAGGGGCCUCAGGGAAAACCAGGGAUCGCUGGAAAGAUAGGGUCACCAGGCCAGCGGGGGCCCAUGGGGCCAAAGGGCGAACCAGGAAUCCAGGGUCCCCCUGGCCUCCCUGGGCCCCCGGGCCCACCAGGAAGCCAGAGCCGCUACUGAGGAGUGGCCCAGUCCCGGACACUGCCACGCAGAGGUGGGGAAGGGUGCUCGGGUGAAGAGAGACCCCCGAAAGGCCACACCUGCAGACGCUGUGGUCCUUUGGUCCCAAAGAGCAUUCCCCCAGGCCUGCCCCUGCACCUCCGGGCUUCCCAGGAGUGACUAUACCAUAGAAAGCAGCCCCAUAUACACACGUGCACACGCACGUGCACAUUUCCCUGCUGGCCGGGGGGCUGACUGGGUUUCCGUGGCUGGGCGGGAGGAGAGGGCAGGAGAAGCCCCCUCUCCUCUGGCUGAGCCUGCCAGGGAAGUGGCUACCUCGGGGCAGCGGUCUUAAUUCUGGCUCUGAAUUGGUGACCAGCGCUAGUCUUUCUAGCAUCUUCACACCCAUCCUAGCUGGCUGGCAGUUCCCUGAGGCUCCCAGGGGUUGAAAAGACCCAGGAAAAGCUUUGCAGGGGA